GCCUAGUUGAGAAAAAGAGACGCCCGUGCUGCCAUAUUUCAUACUAAAUUUUUGGAUACUGGAAGAAAAUCAACUAAACCGAAAAAAAAAACAGAAACUGGGGGUAACUAAUAACCAAGCUAAUAACUGCAUUUCCUUCUUGUGGUUGCGCAUGGAUUGUUGUUUACUUAUUCGAACUUGAUUGGAUAAAAAGAAAGCUUUUUGAUGAACCAGUUGUAGCACUGAGUGCCUAUCGCCAUGCAUGGCGAUUUGUCCAGCCAUCUGCACUCCCAAGAAUGCAAUGAGCUGAUUGAACAACUCAAGAACUGUCAUCAGGAGCAAUUCUUCGGGAAGUGGUUCGGCGCCUGCAGUGGAAUUGACGUGAAAGUGCGUCGGUGUCUGAAGCUAGAGCGGUUGGAGCGACAGAAGACCAAUAACGAGCUGGCGGCGGCCAAGCACCAGCAGUUCCAGGAGCGUAUGAAGCAGCGCACCGCCGGCGCCGCGCAGUGACCAUGACGCCCGUGCCGGCCAUCGAGCACUCGGUGGAGCUGGAGGGCCAGCCGCGCGACUUCCUGGAGCGCUACUACGAGUGCCGCUACGUACUGGACCGGCGGCGGCCCGGCCACGACUACCGGCUGCUGUUCCACUCCAACGGUCUGAUCGCGCUGAUGCUGGCGCCGUCCCACCCGCUGGUGGCCUCCGGCGCCACCGUCACCGGCAUCGACUUUCAGGUAACCGAGCACACCAACCGGCUGGAGAACAAGGUCUCCGGCAAGGGGAAGCGCGGCGCCCAGCUGGUGACCGGCGACGCGCCGCUCUUCUCCGUCACGUGCGCCGACGGCGAGCGCUACGUGAUCCCGGCCUGCGUGCGGGGGAAGCUGGUGCAGCUGAACGAGCGGCUGCGCGCCGAGCCGCAGCUGCUCGUCUCCGACAGCGGCGGAGCCGGGUUCGUGGCGCUGAUCCUGCCCAAACUGGGCACCAGCCGGGCGCAGAUGGCCGGCACGCUGCAGCCGGCAGAGUACGCGGCGCGCCGGUCCGCCGCCUCAGCCGCAGACCGGUGACCGCAGAGAGGUGCCCCUGAGCCACCCGGCACGGACACGGGCACCCGCUCAACUCUCACGGAGACUGGGUGUUCCCGCCCCGCGUAAGAGCAGAGACCAGACUGUACGCUGUACAGUGUGCAUCAGCUGUAGUGUGACGUUCCUCAAGUGAACUGUUGAGCUCAGAAGUGUGUAAUAUGGUACACAUUGUGUGUUGCUACUAGUGCGUGUUGUUGAGUUCUACAUGAAUAGAAGACCAACGUAAAGA